AUGUGGGAGCAGGUCAGGAGAGCUCUGCUGAACUUGCUGUCCACGACCUUCCUGCGCGUUUGGAAGUGGGUACAGGCUUUCUGGCGUAAAAAUGGCCUCUUGACCCUGUCAAUGCUGUCGGUUGCCACCGGGUGCCUUCUGGGGUUCCUGCUUCGGGUGCUGGAGCUGACGGAGCUGAGUCGGGCCACUGAAGAACAUCAAAACAACCAGCAGGUAGAUCAGGCUGCCAAGAUUGAAGUGGCUGAUGUGGAUCUGGACUGGCAACAUGAGGACGUCUCUGGCAGUCCUGUCAGUGUGGACGUUGGAAAGUGUCGGUCCAGCUGCCUGCCGCAUCGGAUCAGCUACCCCCACCCUGGCCUCCUGGGGCUCUCCAGACACUCCUCUAUGCUCGACUUCCUUAGAAGCAAGAAGCUGCAGGUCAGGCACCCCAACUCGCUGCUUCGGCUGGGAGCCCCGCAUUCCUGCCCUGCGGGUUCCUGCUGCGAGCCUGCCUGCGUGCACGUGGAGCAGCUCCUGCUCUUCAAAGGCCUUCAGGAGGUGGAGGUGGUCAACGUCUGUCACUGCAGCACCUGCCCUGAGGAAUGUCUCCAUCUCCCAGCUCUGAAAACCUUAUUUCCAGACUCUCCCUGGGAGGUCACGGUCGAUGUAGGGAAAUGCUCUGACCCAACCUCCAGUGCAGAUGGACUUUUCUGAGUGCCCACAAAGUUCAACACUGCUCUAGUCAAAAACCCACAAGGUGGGGAGGUGGUUCGGACACUGGAGAACUGUGAAAUGAAGGAAAAAUGUUAUUGCGUUUCCCAGGUGGAAUAUUUUUAUGAAAUUGUGCACAGCUCUGCGGGACACAGCAAGGAGUGGCUCAAGGAAAUUGAUGUGGGAAGGUGCCUGGGCAGCUGCUCCUCGGGGGAUCCCUGCUUGCCAGGAUCCAGCCGUUCUCGAUCCCGGUAUGACGUGUACAUGUUCAGGAGCCGCCAAGACCGCGUUCACACUGUUGUCACCAUCCGGCAGUGCAAGUGCAGGGGGUAG